CAGUCAGUCAGUGUCUUUGUCAUCGCUGCUGCAGGUUCAACAUUCAAACAAUAAAAAAAUUAAAUCAACUCAUUAGAAAAGAAAGGAUGGCAGUUUGGGACAAAAAGAUUUCCUGUUGCUUCACGUUACUGCUCGCUGGAGCUCUGGGUCAAAGAGUGAACUAUCCACGUCUUGUUUGUGGUGUGAAAGGAUCGACCGUCACCCUCCCCUGCUCCUUCAACACACUGAAAUCUGUUGUUGAUGAUGUAGGAGAACCUUUGAUCAGAGUCAUCUGGUGCAAGGGCCCUAACACUUGUGGGAGAGAAGCUCCGGCUGUGUACGACAGCGAAUCACAGAACAACAACCCUCGUUACAGAUACCUGGGAGACAAGAAGGGAGACUGCACUUUACAGAUCUCAGAUCUACAGGAGGAAGACGAGGCAACUUUACGCUUCAGAGUGGAAGCUAAUGAUCGCAGAGCAACUUUCACUGCCCCAGUAGGAGUGAGAGUCAUGGUCAUAGAUGGUGCUCAGCUGAAGAUAAGAAGCUGCAGAAAUGACGGAGAGUUUAAAAUAGGAGAAAAAGUCACACUGAGCUGUUCUGCUGCGAGCUGCUCUAUCCACCAACUGGAGGUCACCUGGUUCAGAGAUGGCCACGCCCUCUCAGAGACUGGCCCCGCCCUCCAUCUCAGCUAUCUGACUGCAACGGAUUCUGGGAACUACACCUGUGGUUUGAGGAAGAACGAGCGCACCCUCUCCGUCCCAUACAGCCUGCAUGUGGAGGAUGACAAGGCAGAAAAGGCAGAAGAGGAAGUCCUAACUAAAUCAUCUGACCCACUGCUGGCUGUUCGUCUGCUUCUCUUCACACUGCACACUGUUCUUAUCGUCAUAGUAACGUCCAUCAUCAUCAAAAGGACGUGCGUUCGCAAGAAAGCAGACGUGACUGUGCAGCCUCCAGACGCCGUAGAGGAGCCGAGACGUCCAGAGGAACGAGGCCGGGCUGUCUGAUAUUAUCAUCUAUAACAUAUCUGCUCUAAUAUUACAUCACUGGACCUUUAUCUCUGAUAUCAUCAUGUGUAACAUAUCUGCUCUAAUAUUGCAUCACUGAACCUUUAUCUCUGAUAUUAUCACCUGUAACAUAUCUCCUCUAACAUUACAUCACUGGUGCUUUUAAUCUCUGUUUUUAAUAUGAUUUAGAGGGCAUCAAACAUAUAUUGAGUCUGUAUGUACAUAAAUAUUGUUGUUUACCGUCUACAAUUUUGGGAAGUGCUUGUUUUUGCUUCAGUUAGUUUUAAUCCUUUAAUAAUUUUAAAUGUUUCUAUCUGAUAAAAUGAUGAAGACAUCAACACAUUUGAGGAGCUUUAAAGAUUCAUCAUUACACUUGUGCAUCCUUUUAUACAUACUUUAACACCUUUGUACGACAUUGUAUAUUCUACACAUAUUCAUUUCUACAAUGUCAUGAAUAUAAUAUAAAAACAGUCCCUUUGUAAUCUAAUAAAUUACUUUUAUUUCAGGA